UGCAAGCGGGCGGGGGUGGGGUGUGAGGUGCCGCGGACGGGGUUGCGGGCUCGGUAGCAGUAGCUUCAGGGCGCGAGCGCGGGCGGUGCUGGCCACUGCAGGUAACAGAGGCGCUGCGAGGGCAGCCGCGGCCCUGUGGAGAUGAGGAAAUUGAGGCACAGGGAUUAACUAAUCUGAACCAGAUAAUGCCAUAAGUAGUAGAACUGGGAUGCAAACUUGGGCAGUCUGACUCCAGAGUCUGCACACUUAACCACUCCAUUAUUCUGGCCUUCAACAAGUUCCAAAAGAUGAGUCGUGGAUAUUCAGAAAACAACAAUUUCCUGAACAAUAAUAACCAAAUGGUAUUGGACAUGAUCCUUUAUCCAUUAAUUGGAAUCCCUCAGACUAUCAACUGGGAAACUAUAGCAAGGCUCGUGCCUGGAUUAACACCGAAAGAGUGUGCAAAAAGGUUUGAUGAAUUGAAGAGCAGUGGAAGCUCACCUGUUGACAACCAGUAUAAUUCCCUAAUGGCUGCUGGAGAGAGUCCUGUUGAGACUUUAGCCACAUAUAUCAAAUCUUCACUUCUUGACAUACAUGGAGAAUUUCAGGAGACUCCAGUUGGACAUGAUGCAGUUUCCAAAACAGGAAGACAUAGUAUAGCUUCCACAAGGAAUUGUUCUUCAGAAAGUGAAAAUUGUACUACUCAUAAUGGUGGAGAAAUGACUGAAGAAUCUGAAGGGCCAAACAUGGUGAUCCAUGUGUGUGAUGAAGCAAAAAACUUGAAAGAAGAUUUUACUUGCCCGCGAGAUCUUUUGAUAUCAGAAAUGAAGUACUUUGCUGAAUAUUUAUCUAUGGAUGCCCAGCGCUGGGAAGAGGUGGACAUUUCAGUUCAUUGUGACGUUCACAUUUUCAACUGGUUGAUAAAAUAUGUUAAAAGGAACACUAAGGAGAAUAAAGAUUGUGAGAUGCCCACUUUAGAGCCAGGAAAUGUCAUUUCAAUUCUUAUUUCUUCGGAGUUUUUAAAAAUGGAUUCACUAGUUGAACAGUGUAUUCAGUAUUGCCACAAAAAUAUGAAUGCCAUAGUAGCUACCCCAUGCAACAUGAACUGUAUUAAUGCAAAUCUUCUCACACGUAUAGCUGAUCUGUUCACACACAAUGAAGUUGAUGAUUUAAAGGACAAAAAAGAUAAAUGUAAAAGGGUCUUGCUCAGUCACCCAAGCUGGAGUGUAGUGGUACAGUCAUGGCUUACUGCAGCCUCAAACUCCUGGGCUCAAGCAUCCUCCCACCUUGAUCUCCCAAAGUCUUGGAAUUACAGCAAACUUUUUUGUAAGAAGAUUGAAAGACUGUUUGAUCCUGAGUACUUGAAUCCAGAUUCUCGGAGUAAUGCAGCAACGUUGUAUAGAUGCUGUUUGUGUAAGAAACUUUUAACAAAAGAAACAGAAAGAAGAAUUCCUUGCAUUCCUGGAAAAAUCAAUGUGGAUCGACAUGGAAAUAUUGUCUAUAUUCACAUAAGAGAUAAGACAUGGGAUGUUCAUGAAUAUUUGAAUAGUCUUUUCGAAGAAUUAAAAUCUUGGAGAGAUGUAUACUGGCGAUUGUGGGGAACAAUCAAUUGGCUGACUUGUUCAAGAUGUUAUCAGGCCUUUCUCUGUAUUGAAUUUUCACAUUGUCAAUACCACUCAGAAACAGUGGUUUAUCCUACUGCAGCAAGUUCAUUGAAUACUGUUGGCACUGGAAUUUAUCCCUGCUGUAACCAAAAGGUUCUUCGGUUUGAUCCUACUCAGCUUACAAAGGGCUGUAAAGUGAGGGACCACAUGGUUACACUUCGUGAUCAAGGUGAAGGCGGAGAUUUGCCGUCCUGUCUCACUGCUAGAAUGUUGGACGAUUUGCACAAGUACAGAGAUGUCAUUGUUGUGCCUUUUUCAAAAGAUACAGUUAGUGAUGUUGGGGUUGGCCCCUGUGAUGAAAAGGGUAUAGAAUGUGAUGUUUUACUGGAGCCAAAUACACCAUGGGGUCCCAAAACUGGGGAGCUCAAUGCUUUCUUGUCAUUGAAAAACUGGACUCUACAACUGAAACAACAGUCACUGUUUUCAGAAGAAGAAGAAUAUACCACUGGUUCUGAGGUCACUGAAGAUGAAGUUGGAGAUGAAGAAGAAGUAUCCAAGAAACAAAGGAAAAAGGAGAAGCCAAAGAAGUUCACUAGACAACCAAAAAAGCAGAUAUCUUCACCCUGUGCCCAGAGGAAAGAAAAGGCAUUGGAGAAGUCAGCUUCUAGAGAUGUGUCUCCUUUCGUUGUGAGUAUGCAAAAGAAUAAGUGGGAUGCCACAAGAUCCUUGAGAUUCAACCAGGAUGCACAAAGAGAAGACGAUCAACGGCGAAUGUCUGAAAUUACAGGGCACCUAAUAAAAAUGAGAUUGGGAGAUCUGGACCGAGUCAAGUCAAAGGAAGCAAAAGAAUUUGCGGGAGGUAUUUAUUCCAGGCUGGAAGCACAAAUCAAGGCCUCAGUGCCAGUUAGUGCACGCCAAAGCAGCUCAGAGAAAAACACAAGGUCUAAAAGUCGUUUUGGUCAAGGGCGUCCUGCAUAAAGCACCUUAAAAUAUAAGUAAAAAGAGAGAAGGCACUCUCCUGGACAUCUGAAAUUGCUCACUUCUUGAAGAUCUUCAGAACAAUGACUUCCAACUGUUUUAUAAUUAUUUUAAUCCACAUAAAUCAUAAUGCUAAAAGAAAUACAUAGUUUGGUUUUAUGAAAAUCUAAUUGUAAAUAUGAAACUUUUUAAAUCUGAUUUUCUUCUAAUAUGAUUCUAGGCUAUGUAGAAAGCAAUUAUUUACAAAUUUGCAUAGUUGAGACUCCCAGUGUUUUCCUUUAUUUAUUUGAAAAAGAAGAGGCCUAAAUUGUCAGGUAGCCAAGUUUUUUUAAGACCUUAAAAGUUAGGAGAACACAACUGGUAGUGUUACCAUGCAUGUGCACUGAUUGUAAUAUGUCUUUGGAGCUGUAAAUCUUGAGAUAGCGUUGAGAACUGCAGGUUGUGUGAUGAAAUUCCCAAUGAUGCUAAUUUUAAGUCUUCAUGAAUAUUAAGGAGUGACAGGUCUCAAGACUGCAUUAAAUGAAGUUUCAGGGUAAGGUAUUUCAGUACUGUGUUGGGCAGAAGAGUUAAUUUUUUUCAGCAUUAUAUCGUGGAAAGUACAAUGUUAAUCCAACUUUUUUUUUCUUUCAGUUUUUAAUGCUUAUCUAUUGAUCAUCUGAGCUGGAAUUACUGAUUAUUACCUCUGUCCUCUGUGAAACUAGUGGCAUUCUGAAUUUGGUAAAAUAACCAUUGAUAGUUUUAGGAUAGUAAAUCAUUUCUGUUAUAUGAGACACCCACUGUACAGUUUUCAGGGCUCUAAAACCCAACCAUAUUUCUAUAACCAUUCAAAUAACUCCUUAAAACAGUUAUACUUGCUAGUUCGGUCUAAAUUUUUCCAAAUACAUUAGACAGGUGAAAAUUUGCAUAUAUUCAAGAAAAAUCCAAAUGAAAUUCUAUUUUAUAAAUCAUGUUUAAAUUUUUCUAACCAGGCAGAAAGAGUGCUCAGGGAAAAUUUGUUCCAAACUAUAAUCAUAUAAUAAAUUAUGUGUUUGUAAAUUAUAUGUAGGUCUCUGAAAAACUUUAAGAUGCACUGUUUCUAUUUUUUUAAGUCUUAAUUUGCCUUAUAAUUGACAUUUCUUCAAAUUAUUCAGAGAACAGACUUUAAUAAUGUGUGACAAAAGAGCAAUUUCCAUUGAAAUAUUGAAGUGUUACACUCAGUUUACACGUACAGAAAUCAUUCUUUUUAGUGAGUCUUUUAGUUGAUAAAUGAAGCUAGAUGUUAUUUGAUAACCUUGGCUUUGCCAAGGUUUUUGAACUGCUGUUUAGAAAUUUUGUUCCAGUUUAUAUUUGUUUCAAUUGUUUGAUACUGUGGAAAUAGACUUUUAUUUUCUAAAGAAAAUGUCUUGUAGUACAUAUUAUAUGUAAAUACUCUGUUAAAUACCAGAGUUUUUUUUGUAGUUUACUGUGUUUUCUAAUUAAAGGAUUUGAGUUUGUACAUGUAAACAGUGCUGUAAUAGUCACGACUAGGUAAGGAAAAAAUAUAUAUGCUCUUUUGAUUUUUAACUGAUGGUAAAAAGGCAAACUGCUUCUCCCCUGGGAGGACUGUACCACUGAAUUGAUUUUUACAAACCAGAGUUUAUCAGAAUUUGAUUCUCUUCAGAAUGCUUUUGGCCAGGUGCAGUGGCUCGUGCCAGUAAUCCCAGCACUUUGGGAGGCCAAGGCAGGCGGAUCACCUGAGGUCAGGAGUUUGAGACCAGCCUGGCCAACAUGGUGAAACCCCAUCUCUACUAAAAAUACAAAAAGAUUAGCCAGGCAUGGUGGCGCACACCUGUAGUCCUAGCUACUCAGGAGGCUGAGGCACAAGAAUUGUUUGAACCCGGGCGGCAGAGGUUGCAGUGAGCUGAGAUCAUGCCACUGCGCUCCUAGCCUGGGCGACAGAGCAAGACUCCAUCUCAAUUUAAAACAAAAAAAGAAUGUUUUUUAUUUUGUUAAUGUUUGUCUGUUAUACAUAGCACCAGUACCGCAAACAUUUUACUUAAACUCUUAAUAGCAUUUCUUUUGCCAGAUACUUUAAUAUUUCACCUUACAUUAAUCCUGGAUUCACAUUUCUUUAAUUGAAAUAAAUGUUAAUGACAAAA